ACUCUAUAAAUAAAGUAAGGAACACCAGUGCACUCCAAUCCAGAACUGGCAAGCCCACUGACUGAACACUCAAGGGACAUAUCCUGCGCUGAGAAUAACUAAUUCAAAAGUUUUUGCAGCCUCUAUGACUUUUUACGCAGAUCCAUUUAAAACGUCUAGUGCACUUGCAAUGGACUUCAAGGAGCUGGGAGGCGAGGACAACUGCGAAGGAGAUACAGAGGGAAACGCUGAGGAUUUGAACAAUGUGAAAGUCCUUACCGAAAAACUAAAGUUACAAACCCGCAGACCAUCCUACCUUGAAUGGCAGGAGCGCUUGCAGAGCCGACCGUGGAAGGAGAACCCAAAUUGUUCAGAUAAUAGUCAAGAGACUGCAGAGAAAUAUGUGUUUUUGCCUGAAAUUAUGCGGGAUGAGAACUCAGAUCUAACCAUCCGCAACAUCUGUGGCUUCGAUACCAUUGAUGAUGCGUUGGAUUUUCUUAGAAAAGAGCUGAGGGAGAUGCGGUUCCAGGAUAACCGUCUGGCGCGCCAGCUGAUCCGUCUGCGUGUGGAGAUCCACCGGCUGAAGGUGGAGCAGGUGUGUCACCGCCACAAGGAGAUGCUGGACGACGCCACCUACGAGCUGGAGGAGUGUGGCGAGGAGUCCGACCUGCUCUGUGACAUCCCCAUGAAGGCUGCCUUUGCUCUGUCCACCCCCCUCAAACACCUCGGCCUCACCAAGAUGAACAUCAACUCCCGACGCUUCUCCCUCUGUUGAAACAUAUACCACCCUGCGAGGCUUGAUUUACUGUAUUAAAGCCUCUAUCUAAUCUAUGCAGGGUAAUCGGGGGUUUUCCACUGCACAGGUUUCUGUUAUGACAUGAGAGGGAAGAAGAAUGGCUGGCAGAGCGUGCAGACUGUAAUUAGCCAAGUGGGAGGAAAUGGAAAUGACUCCUCUGAUCCGUGCCCUAGUCCUGACGUGAGAGAGACACAGGCUUCCAUAGUAGAGCCCUGUAGGCGCACGGCAUACACCCAUAGCAAAGCUGCACCUUUCCAAUGCACCUCAGGGAAGGUGCGGACUGAUAGGUCAGAGUAGAUGGACAGGGAAGCUAGUGAUGAGGUGUGGCUCUGGAAUGGAUAUGGUUUGAGUUUGGAUUGCCAUGGUGUCAGAUCAAUUGCACUGUAUUCAGAUAAUUAGUUAUGAUGACCCACUGUAUGUAUCUCUUCAUACAGACACCUUAACACUAGUCACACCCCCAGGGACAUUUGACAGCCCAAUGGGAAGCAUUUCUCUCCCCUCUGCAUUGGCAGAGUCCCAGUCACACUCUCCAGGAAGCUGUAGGUCACAUUCCAGCAUUCUGUCACCUCUUCUUCUGAGACCAAAAAUAGCAAGGACCUCCAUGGGGUCAUGGCUUCCGUGAUAGGACAUUAUUGGAGGCGAUGCCUUAUGUAGUAUUCCAUGCGUUUUAUUGUCCUUUAGAUGAUCCAGAUGUUGUAGACAGACCACAGCCCAAUGUGCUGUCAUUGUGUUUUACAGUAGAUUAUAUGCUUGGCCUACUGCAAUGUUGUCCAAGUAAAAAAACUGUAUCAAAGUUUUAGAUGUAUUUAAAGAUAUUGUUCUCAGGAAGGGAGAGGAGAAACUGAAAGUAUUUUGGGGGGGAAAUUUGAGGGAGUGAAUGUUGAACAGGGUUUAGUGGGUGUUAAUCAAUGUUACAAAAUGUUUGCUGAAUAUACACAAAGCAAAAUGUCGAUUUGUAAGUGCUCUUUAAUGAUUAUGUACUGAUUCUACUCUGCUAAUGCAGGAAUAUCUCAAGGCCAUCCAUUUAAUGUAUGAGGGAAAUGACUAGAGGCUGACUAGAGCGGUUUUCAAGAUGCUUGUUUUUCAAUGUUUUUGUUUAAAUGCACAAAAAAUUGCAACAAACUUGAAAAUACACUUGAGAAAGAAAAUUGUUGUCUGUCUGUCCAUUAAGGUAGGCCGUCGUUGUAAAUGAGAAUUUGUUCUUAACUGACUUACCUAGUUAAAGGUUAAAAAAGUUAGAACAGGGUAAAUGACCGGAGUCGUUACGCGAGACCUCAAUGAGUGCUCAGUCAGCUAUAACCUUUCACCUCCUGAAAUACCUUCAAUGCGCAGUUUCCUCUUUCAACUACAUCAGGCGUUUGUCUCUUAAACAUUCCGUGGUGUAAGCUGAUCCUAUCUCCUAAGGCAGGGUUCCCCAACUGGUUGUUUUAUUUGCGCCCCCAAGUUUUCUGAGCCAUAAAAAAAUACAUUUUUUUCCAUUGUUGCACAUAAACUGUAAAAAAAACAGAUACCUAAUUUACACAGGUAUUCAGGUGCAUCCUGUUUCCAUUGAUCAUCAUUGAGGUGUUUCAAGAACUUGAUUGGAGUCCACCUGUGCGAAAUUCAAUUGAUUGGACAUGAUUUGGAAAGGCACAAACCUGUCUAUAUAAUGUCACACGGUUGAAGGUGCUUGUCAGGGCAAAAGCCAAGCCACGAGGUCGAAGAAAUUGUCCGUAGAUCUCAGAGACUGGAUUGUGUUGAGGCACAGAUCUGGGGAAGUUUAGCAAAACUUUUCUGAAGUAUUGAAGGUCCCCAAGACCACAGUGGCCUCCAUUCUUAAAUGGAAGAAGUUUGGAACCACCAAGACUCUUCCCAGAGCUGACUGCCAGCUAAAUUGAGCAAUCGGGGGAGAAGGGCCUUGAUCAUGGAGGUGACCAAGAACCCGAUGAUCACUCUGACAGAGCUCCAGAGUUCCUCUGUGGAGAUGGGAGAACCUUCCAGUAAGACAAUCAUUUUUGCAGCACUCCACCAAUCAGGCCUUUAUGAUAGAGUGGCCAGACAGAAGCCACUCAGUAAAAGCACUUGACAGCCCGCUUGGAGUUAUCCACUCUCAGACCAUGAGAAACAAGAUUCUCUGGUCUGAUGAAAUCAAGAUGGAACUCUUUGGCCUGAAUUCCAAGUGUAACAUCUGGAGAAAACCUGGCUAUAUGAUCACACCGGUAAUCGAUCUGUUGUUGUAUUACUUGUGAAGCACAGCUGAGUAAGCAUACAAAAAAUACCCUUUUUAUUUUUAUUUAGCACGGAGUGGAAAUAGGAAGAACGCGCAUUUUAUGGCUUAUACAAAUGUUGAAUACAAAGUGUUGACAGUACUGAGUAAGAACUUUAAACAUGAACUAACUCAUAAAAACAGCAUCUCUUUGUUGCAUUCAUU